UCUGUCCCCAAACCAUCUCUUGAAGUUACAGAUGUUUCUACACUACCACUUGAUGUUCUAAAUGAAAACAUUGCACAAGCACUGAAGCAAAAAUAUGUGCAUAUUGAGGAGGCAUGUUUGUCGAAAAAUGUAACAUACAAUGGCCUAAAUUACAAGACUGGAAUGAUUUUGGCACAUGGCUCCCUUGCAGGACUCCCAGAGUUUUGUGAAAUUGUCCAAAUGGUUGUUGUGCUAGACGGAUUAUGUUUUAUUGUCAGGAAGCUGAAGGCGUGGUACUUUGAACACUACAGAUCAUUUAUUUUGGAAAAGUCUUUGAAUUCAGAAGUGUUGCUUGUAGAGCCUCAUGAAUUAAGGGAUGUGUACCCACUUGCAGAUUACUGUGUUUCAGGGAUGCAUCUUACAACAGUUAAGAGAUACAUACAUGGUUAGAUUGUCACAAUGGCUUGCACAAAGAACAUAGGGCUUCGAGUACUUUUUGGAAAAGAUGAUGCACACAAAAUGUUCAUUCCUAAUGGCUUGCCUGCAUCCCUGGAUGAUAUGCUUGAGAAAAUCAAUGCAGAAUUUCUCCGCAUCACAACAGUCCCCCUUCAGAUUCGAUUCUUUGCAGAAUUAGACAGACUUUCCACAAAUCUUGUAAAAGUUAUCAGAGGCAGAGGUGGAGCCAUUCGUUUCAAAACUAGCCUAUAUGUGUUGGCAUUUGAUGAGACUAGUGACAUAAAUAUAAGGAGAGAGUGUAUCCUUAGAUCCAUCAUUCUCUACCUUGGUGAGGAUGACAAAAACCUGAUAAAAGACUACAUGGAUAUACAAGAUGAGCAGGAAUCAGAUGACCUCUCUAAACAGACAAUGGCCAUCUUUGUGAAACGAAAACCAUGUGAGAGACCCUUUGAAAUGCCAGAUGACGUGGGAAUCGUCAUAGAAGGAAAUGUGGUGUUGAAUAAUUUAAAAUCAGUUGCAUCUGCCUUUUCUUUUCUUUUUGGCCUAAUGUAUUGUUUAAACCUCAGCUACCCACGAGAUUUAAAAUACACAUUUGAGAUGAUACAAAAGUUUUUAUGGACCUUGAAGGUCAGAAAAAGUCCAGCAAGGUGCACAAUCUUUAUGUGAAGUUGCUACAAACAGAGUAAGCAUUUGGGUGGGAGGACAAGUAAUUUAUUAUAAUUAUUUGGCUGAAAUAUUUUUGAUAUCAAGGACCGAUGGUUUAACAUUAUGUAGCAUCUACACUGUUUUGGUUUGUCUGAAGUCUUUAUUAUCCAAGCUUUUCUUCUCUAGGUUGCUGAUUAAUUUUUAUUUGUUGUGACUCAGCAAAGGAAAAAAAUGGCAUUGAUAAAUUGAUUAUUAAAAACAAGAAGUUAUCAGU